CUUCAAUGUCCUCAAGACUCACGGCCGGUGUUACUGACAACUCGGCGAGAGACGAUGGGCCGGCCUCGAUAUCAACACAGCUACGACAGACUAAUCGGCCUAAACGAAAGCAAGUGUCCAGGGCGUGUAAUUGGUGUCGUCUUCACCGCGCGAAAUGUGAUCCAUACGUUCCAUGUCGGAACUGCCAGGAACGAGGUGAACGGUGCAGUAAGAAGAACAACGCUGAACUACAAUCACUUCCACGAGCACUACGAGAGAUCGAGAGAUUGAGCCAACAAAUCAAGGAGCUAGAAAGUAGCAGCGAGAACCUUCGAAAUGCGAGAGAGGGAAGUCCAAGAGGUUCCGAAUCCAGCGUCGCUUGCGAAGCAUCAACUGCUCAACAAACCUCUGCUUCUGCAACAAAGAACCACGUCUCAGGCUAUGAGGGAUUGCUUAGAACAUUACCCAGGAAACGCUGGGAAGGUUUAUCAGCGCGCGGCCCACAGUCGCAACAAGUAUUGUACUACGGCCCAUCAUCCACCUUUUAUUUCCUAAGCAGAAUCAACGCGUACAUAGGAUCAGAAUUUCAACAACCGCACUCCAACCGGCUACCACUACCUCAUUCAGCAAGCAAGGAGCUCAGCUCGCCAGAUAGUACAAACGAGGCGACUAGGAAACAUGGAGCCUCAGCCUACCGUUCCGACACUGGCGAGAUCAAUCUUCCCAGAAGGCAAGAAGAGUACUUGCUGGGCUUAUUUUGGCAAUUUCACUACUGCACACUGCCUAUCAUCGACGACGAGGACUUUAUGACACAUUACAAAAGCCUCUGGGCAAGCCACGAAGCCUCGACUCGGAAGCCGUCUGCCUUAGUCGACAUUGUGCUUGCACUGAGCAUGCAGUACGGCUCUGCAUUACUGCCUAGUGACCGUGACGAAAGGAAUUCAGGCAUAUAUCAAACUGACUCAACUAUUGCUGGUCGUUGGCUCUACCGCAGAUCCAGAGCGCUCUUAGCAAGUGACCUUGAAAACCCAUCGAUAACCACGCUUCAAUGCCAUAUCUAUUCCGCUUCAUAUCUAUCGUCUGCAUCUUUUGCGAACAUGGCGCAUAACACCUUAGCUGUCGCCGUCCGGAUAGCUCAGUCUCUUGCCCUCCAUCUGAAUCCGCCGGCAUAUUUACCCGAGAGGGAGAAGCAGCUUCGGAGGCGCAUCUGGUGGGUACUGUCCACCUUGGAAUCCAAGACGUCUCUGAAACUGGGAAGACCCUUCGCUUUCCAGAUUUCGGAUGUGUCAUGCCCACUACCUGAUGAUGACCAGGAGACUGCGUUGGCAGCCAGCUCUGCUUUUGGAAUAUACGCUGAGGAUGUCACAUGGCUGACUUAUUCAGUGCAAUGCCAAAAACUCAUUCUCGUCUCCAGAGAUAUAUACGAAUUUGUUUAUGACGGGUAUGCAAAAAUUCUUGAUUCAAGAGCAGUUGAAACGCCUUACCAGGAUCACCGUGCGCUUGAGAGCUGUGCACAAUUGCUGAGUUCACAGAUGAGCCGUUUUGAAAGAUGGCUGAAUAAUGUCCCGAAGGGUAUUAAGAACAAACGUAGAGAUGGUGGCAGGUCUAUGUCAACAGACCGGACUGCUUUGGAAGUAGAGCAGCAAGCACCACUGUGGCUACAGCGGCAGCGCAUCUGUCUCGAACUGGUUUACCACACCAUGGCGAUGAACUUCUACCGCCCUUUCAUAACAUUCUCCAGCAAUGAUCGUAUGAGCACUCCUACAGCAGAGCUGCACGCAUAUUCUUGCAUAAACCACGCUGUCGCGCUCACGAACAUUAUUUACCAGGUGCUCAGCGAGACGGACCUGUUGAACGGGUGGCAUGAAUCGUUUCAGUGGCAGUGGAAUGCCACUGUGACCACUCUUGGCUUCCUCUUCGCCUAUCCAAUUAGCCAGUCUAGCGCAAUCGCCAGAAGAUCCAUAGACAAAGCCAUCAAGGCCUUUGAGCUCUUCGGGAGCAACAACGUUGCGGUGUCAUUGAGCGCGGCAAACGUAACCCGUGACUUGGUCGAAAAGUCCGAUGUACUUGCCAGCCGCUUCAGAGCCGGAUUUGGUACUUCUCAUGAUGAACAGGGUCUCGGCACUGGCUAUGCUUUCCGCAGAGAACUAGACCAGAGCGGUUACAUGCAAUCCUCAGAAGGAGGUCUCAGUACGAUGAUUUUGGACGGCGCGAACAACUUUUCCAACUUCAUGGACUUGGCCUUGUCGGUGGAUGUACCCAAUACCUUUGAAGAUCUGUUCACCGACACUAGUGGAAUGUUCGACCCGUGGAAAAUAGCUGCUCCUGAGGCCAUGUGAGCCCGCGGUCGUGGAUUUAUCGCUUUUACACAAUGUGAAGGAAAAUACUCAUCAGCUGUCGAGGUUCGACGGUAAUUGUGCAAAGGUUUUCAGGCUGUGGAAGCGCGGAUUGCGUUAUGUCAUUUCUCCCUCAAAAUUGAGCCGGAAACUUCGUGCGCAACUCCUUUGGGCAUCAUGUUUAUCUGGAUCAGACAAGAGGAAAAGUGAUUCAUUCAUUACAGCUAAAUUCUACGUGCAUCGUCGUUGUUAAGCUAUAAGCUUGUGUCAACAAGAUAGCUGACCAUUCCUUCUAUCCAGAAUUCAGAUUCAUGGUCAGUAUGUUUUUAUCCGAGAAGAAACAAUGGAAAUAUAGAAUAGUAUCUGCACAGAAAAAAGGAGGCAACCACGCAGAGAUAUCAAGCGGACUGUAGAACAUUGGACUUGUCUCUCGAGACAGGCCUCGCAGGAG